UCGACGCCAGACAGACGGAUGGUUCCUUGCGCCUAACGGUGCAGCACUCCUUGCGCAGAAAGCAAUUAUGAAGAUAUUCGUCGCCAUUUUUGUGCUGUUUAUUUAUACAGGGCGAACUGAGAGUUGGAACGAUGGAGGGAGUGUUUUGCUUCGAGAGCUUCAGGUGAUUACUCUGUACAAAGGACAGUACACCAAUUCUCGCAGGACCAGCCCUGUUCCACAGUUACAGUGCAUUGGAGGAACUGCUGGUUGUGGCUCUUUCAUUCCUGAAGUAGUUCAGUGUCAUAACAAAGGAUGGGAUGGCUUUGAUGUUCAGUGGGAGUGUAAAACCGACAUGGAUUACUCUUAUAGAUUUGGAAAAAUAGAAGUGAGCUGUGAGGGAUAUAAUUAUCCAGAUGACCCUUAUGUGCUGAAGGGUUCCUGUGGGCUGGAGUACACUCUGGAACUGACUGAAGAAGGAAAGCAGAAGGGAAGGAACAGUAGGAGCUUUGGAUCUGGGUUUUUUCAGGACUCCUCAAGCAAUGUGAAUUAUCAGGGCUCUGGAGGUGAUGUCAGUGGAUUAAUGGUGGUUGCUGUUUUGUUGCUCUUGGCCUAUGGUGUAUAUAAGAUGUUCUUGUGUGGGCCACACGGACAAGGACACCAGCGUUUCCCUGAUGCAGACUUUUCCAACGCCAACACCGAUGGCCACUUCACUGAUGGUAACACAAUGGGCCCACCUCCUCCGGGAUUUAAGUCAUACUACACAGGAGAGUCACCAGGUUAUGAGAGUGCCAGAGAUAGUUAUGGAUUUAAAAACACUUUCACAAGACCUCACCAAAAGCCUGCUUCGGGGCCUGGAUUUUGGACUGGAAUGGGCACAGGAGGUGUAUUAGGAUAUUUAUUUGGAAGUCAGAGAUCUCAGCCCAGAUAUUUUACAAGAAAUACAGGGAAUUCAAACAUUGGUCCUACACCAGUAAAUAGUGGCACCCGAACAGUUUCAGGUUUUGGAGGAACCAAAAGAAGGUAGACAAGAGGAAGGUUAAAAUAUAGCAAACGUCGUCUGCAUGAAGAAUAAUUUCAGUGUCAGAUAUGAAGCAGGCUUUUUAUACAAUUGCUCAUUGUCUGCUUUGUAACUAACAGCUCACAUGAACAUGUUGUAUAUUCCAGGACAUAAUAUUAACUUUUUAAUUGGGUAGCAACACAGGAAGCACAGGCAGGGAUCCUAAGAACUUUUUUCUUUCAGGACUUUUUUUAAUUAAACUUCUAUCAUAUCUUGCAAUCUGGAAGGCUCUUCAGAGUGUAUUCUAUGAUAUUGCCUUUUUAGUAUCUGAAUAAUCCAAGGGUCUCACCCAGCCAUUUGGUGAAGUAUGCUGGCAAGUCUGCUCCAAUAACAUGGGUAUGCAGUUUGUUUCUAUAUUCUCACAACCUUUUGUGUAAAGACGUAACUCCUGUUUCCUUAAAUCUGUUCCACCUUAGUUUCACUUAUAACCUCAGGUCCUCGUUUCACUGUUGUAAUCUUAAGGGCUGACAGCCAGUGUCUUUCAAAAUUUUAAUCUUCUCUGCUUAUAUCUUAAGAGGCAACAUUCCUGAUUCCAUAAUUCGAAGAUGUAAAACUUUUUUUUUCUGUGAGUUAUCACCACAGUCUCUUCCCAGAGCUAGUAGUAUUGAGGUCCCUGUAAAGAAACUGAAAUAAAAAUAAAUUUUAGGUUUGAAUACAAAAAUAGAUUAAUUAAAAAAACUAUAGACUCAUUAGUCUAAGCUGUGAAAAAUACCUUCUUUACACAAAGAGUUGUGAAUUUGGUUUGAAUAUAUUUUUGAGUUGAAGGUGAAUAUAUUUGAAUGAGAUGUUCCACAUGUUUUCAAUAGGCAUUUAAGUCAUUACUUUUCUUUCAGUUAUUGCUUUGAGUGAAUUUGAUAUUUUGUACAUAUAUACUCUUUUGUUGAAAACGACAAAUAUAAGAUUUUGAGGGAAAAAGUGAGAUGGUUUAGACAUUGUCUGAUUUUAUUGCUGUGAUUGUAAAAAAAAUACUCCUUAUGUAAGGUUGAAAUGAAAGCUUUAAGAAAACAUGCUGGUAGAAAAUUGUUUUGUAAGCUGAAUGCUACUUUUUAAUGUUAGAAACAAUCAGUUAUAUUACUUAGUAUAUCUUAGAAUGUUUUGCCAUAAUAAUGGUGGGUAUUUUUGAAGCUAUGGUAAAAAUUAAACUUUUAAGCACAGGUGUUCUAUUUAAUUUUGCUUAAAUUUAGAUGAGCUUUACAAAUCUGUAUGUGUGCCUAACUGUAACAAGUUUUUAAAGGAAAACUAAAGACUUUUCAAGUACAGCAAACUGAAACGAGUUAUAAAAUAUUACACAUUUUUUGUGAAUCUGUGUAAAAGUGUAUCAAUUUAAUGAGUAACAGCAUCUGGUCAUUUUCACACUGAGUUAUAUAAUAAUAAGAACCCACUAUUAUAGUAAGUUAUUUUUUAUAGUACUCAUGAAUCUGACCAUUUUCUAAAAUGAAUCUGUUGUUUAGUUGUAUUGAACAUAGAACAGAACUGGACUUUUUUUUCCGAUUGUUUCUAAUAAAUUAGAGAAUUUCAAAUGUC